UGGUAGCUCCAGCUGAUAUAAAAGCUCCUCCRUCUCCUCGCUCCUCCAAACGCCUUCCCUUGACUUCUUCAAGACUUGGCCUGUGUCUGUUGACCUCCUUCACAACUCAAAAAUGUCCUGCUACGAUCUGUACCCCUCCUCCGCUUGCGGCGUCCUCCGGCCUCAGCCCCUGGCCGACAGCGCCAAUGAGCCGUGUGUCCGGCAGUGCCCCGACUCCACCACCGUGAUCCAGCCUCCCCCUGUGGUUGUCACCUUCCCCGGCCCCAUCCUCAGCUCCUUCCCGCAGGAUUCCGUGGUGGGAUCUGCUGGAGCGCCCGUCCUGGGAGCCUCGGGGGCUUCUCUGGGCUAUGGGGGUCUGGGGGGCUAUGGGGGCUACGGCUCCCUGGGCUAUGGGGGUCUCUAUGGCUAUGGGGGAUACGGAUCCCUGGGCUACGGGGGUCUGUGGGGCUAUGGGGGCUCCUCCCUGGGCUAUGGGGGUCUGUGGGGCUGUGGGGGCUACCGUGGCCUGUACGGCUCUGGCCGAGGCUUUGGCUCUGGCUACUGCAGCCCCUACUCCUGGUACGGCCCCUACGGCCGCGGCGGCUGCUGGUCMUGCUGAACCCCACGGAAAACCCCGGAGUAAGGAAUGACCGGAAACUGAGAGAUGCAAUCCCGACCCCAAAGGAGGUGUUGUGACCACGGCCACCCCACUGCAGCGGAGCUGGAGGCACACAACUCCUCCUUGGUUUAUUYGCCUUCUGCUCAUCGUCUUCUGGGCUUUUUUCUCCAUCUCUGUGUGUGUAAUGUGUGCGAUAAAAUAAUAACUUGUAAUCUGAAAUGCAACUUCACUGUCCAGCUGAAGAACAUCCAUGGAAGGAGUUGCCUGUGAUAUGAUACUCUUCAUAUUSUGAUGUUUUUCUGUGUGUACUUUUUUCUCAUUAAAGUCAUUCUGUUCUGCAUCGAA